CUUUGUGCUCACCAAUCACUGUUCACUUCGACACACCCUUUAAGUAAUCGUUUUUUUUUUUCGAAUGCAAGUGAAACAGUCAAUAAUUAAACAAAAUUUAGUGAUAAAUAAAAUUUGUUUGGUUUUAAAAUAUCAUAUUUGAUUUUACGUAAUUGUCUUUUAAAAUAUAAUAGCAUUUUAGUAAUAUUGAUAUCAUGAGUGAACAACAAAUGGAUUGUGCCCUAGAUUUAAUGAGACGGUUGCCACCUCAGCAAAUUGAGAAAAAUCUCAGUGACCUCAUUGAUCUUGUACCUUCUUUAUGUGAAGAUCUUUUGUCAUCUGUGGAUCAACCACUUAAAAUAGCGAAAGAUAAAGAAUCUGGCAGAGAUUACUUAUUAUGUGAUUAUAAUAGAGAUGGAGACUCAUACAGGUCUCCAUGGAGUAAUACAUACGAUCCUCCGUUGGAAGAUGGCUCCAUGCCUUCGGAAAGAUUGAGAAAAUUGGAAAUUGACGCCAAUCAUGCGUUUGAUCAGUACAGAGAAUUGUAUUUUGAAGGUGGUGUAUCAUCAGUUUAUCUUUGGGACUUAGACCAUGGAUUUGCUGGUGUUAUUUUAAUCAAAAAAGCAGGCGAUGGAUCAAAAAAGAUAAAAGGUUGUUGGGACUCAAUUCACGUAGUUGAAGUCCAGGAAAAAUCAACUGGUAGAAAUGCCCAUUAUAAACUUACUUCAACAGCUAUGUUGUGGUUACAAACGAAUAAACAUGGCUCUGGUACUAUGAAUUUAGGUGGAAGUCUCACAAGACAGGUUGAACAAGACCAACCAAUCAGUGAAACUUCACCACAUAUCGCUAAUAUUGGUCGUAUGGUAGAAGAUAUGGAGAAUAAAAUCCGUAAUACUUUGAACGAAAUAUAUUUUGGUAAAACGAAGGAUAUCGUUAAUGGCCUGAGGUCAGUGCAAUCGUUGGCCGAUCAAAGACAGCAAGCUGCCUUGAGACAAGACCUAGCAGCAGCAUUACAAAGGCGAAAUGCUAACAAUUGAUUAUGUGAGAAUCAAGAGAGCUUCGAUUACCAUUGUGAUUAGAACAAAAAAAAAAUUAAUAUUAAAAUAAUAAAUGAAAUGGAAAAAAUGGAUUAAGGAUAAGAGUAAGAUUAAAUAAUGAAGGGAAAAAAAUAAUAUUAACAGCCAACAGAUAAAUAUCUACAAUUGAAAUAUGUGGACUCGAACGAUUGAUACCCAUUCAGUUACACUACUUUGUUAUUAUCUAGAUUUAAUGAAUGCAGGGAAUUUAUUAUGGGGCUACUAAAGAGGACACUUAUGUUAUUGUUUGUUUAGAAAUAUAACCGUAACUACUCGGUCCCCAGUGGUAUUCAGUAUGUUACGUUGCAAAGCAAACACAAUGUAUUUGUAUAAAUAAAAUUCAUUUUGUUAUAAAGUCCUA